AUGGCCGCAGCUGCGCUUCUCAGAGGCGGUCCGCUCCUGCGCCUCCGGCUCCAACACCGCCACCGUUUCGCCACCGGAUUUCUCUCGCCACUUCGGAAGUCGUGGUGUUCAACAGUUGAGUCUACUCAACCGGAAGAGGAUGUAUCUGACAAGACUAGCGCAGCGUUGAGCUUGCGCGAGGCACCAAGGUAUUCAAGUCGGGACGACCAAAAUUACCGAAGGUGGAAAGAUAAAGAAGCAGAGAUUUUAAGAGAUAUUGAACCUAUCACUUCCCUCACUAAAGAAAUUCUCCACUCUGACAGGUAUAUGGAUGGAGAACAACUAACAACUGAAGAUGAGAAAAUUGUGGUGGAGAAGCUUCUUGCUUAUCAUCCGAAUUCUGAUGAUAAAAUUGGAUGUGGGCUUGAUUCUAUUAUGACAUAUAAUGUAAUGGCAGGGGCCGUAGAUAUUGUGACUCUUCUCUAG